AUGACUCCCGUCAUGACUAUGACUGACUCAACUGUGUUUCGUCGGAAGAAUAAAAAAAUCUUCACCUGGUACGAGGGUGAGUCCAUCACCAGUGAACUUUUCAAUGGACGCUUAAGCCUUGUCACCAAUCAUCCGGAAUAUGGAAAAGCAUCUGUUAAUCUCACUGCCAUACGUGAAUCGGAUCAGGGUUGGUAUCACUGCCAAAUCAUCUUCCCCAAUCGUACGCCAAGUGUACGCAACAAUGGUACGCUCUUCCAUUUAGCCGUGCAAGGUGGCUCGCUCAUAAAAAUACCGCCAGUGAAUCAAACGAUUAUGGAGGGUCAAACAGCUUUCUUCCAUUGUGUAAUGAAAUACCCAGAAACAUCGACAAUUGGCUGGUUCAAAGAUGGCACGCCACUAGAGGAAGUACAGGAUUUAAUACGUCGUUGUCAUACGGGCCCCGAUGGCAGCCUCAGCAUCGAUCCGACUAUGAUGAGCGAUUUAGGUGAAUACGAGUGCCGUGUCAACAAUACAGAGGGCGAGUUUCAAUUUGCCAAAGCAUUCCUCAACAUACAAUAUAAGGCCAAAGUGAUUUAUGCACCACCCGAGGUUUACCUGCCAUUUGGUCAGCCAGCGGUACUUGAUUGUCAUUUUCGCGCCAAUCCGCCAUUGAAAAAUCUGCGCUGGGAAAAAGAUGGAUUACUCUUCGAUUCAUAUAAUGUACCGGGCGUUUUCUACAAAAGCAACGGCAGUCUGUAUUUCUCCAAAGUGGACGAGAGUACGGCGGGCAGUUAUACAUGCACACCCUACAAUGACCUGGGAACGGAUGGACCAUCGCCCAUAAUUAGUGUAAUUGUGUUGCGACCGCCAAUAUUCAGUAUAACACCGAAACCUAUUUACAUACAAAAGUUGGGCGAAACAGCCGAAUUGCCAUGCGAAGCCAUUGACCGAGACGGAAACAAUCGGCCGACAAUUGUCUGGAGCCGAAAGGAUGGCAGCCUACUACCCGUCGAACGGCACACCGUCAAUGCUGGCAAUUUAAUCAUAACGAAUUUGAUCGAAACAGAUCGGGGUAUGUACGAAUGUUCGGCCACUAAUGAAGCAGCGACCAUAACUGCCGAAACGGAAUUGAUGAUCGAGAAUAUUGCACCGCGCCCACCCUACAAUUUAACGGCGAAUAGCACGGAAACAGCGAUAACGGUACGCUGGCAACCAGGAUACCUGCGUCCCAAUCUAGAAUACACCGUGUGGUACCGUUUCACCGAAUCGCCCGAAUGGCGUACAUUACGUAUUCUUCAGAAGAACGUUAUGGAAGCAACAAUACAAAAUUUGCAGCCAGGGCGUGAAUAUGAAUUAAUGGUGCUCAGUCAGGACAAAUACGGUGAUGGUAUGUUCAGCAAAACGCUACGAUUUUCAACGCAACAAUCGAGCAUAGAAUCGAACGAAGCCAACAUCCUGCAUCAGUCCAAUCCAUUGGCAAGCAGCAUUAGCCCGCCAUGGAAUUUGUCUGCCACCAAUAACGUACAAGGCUGGCUUCUACAUUGGCAGCAGCCAAAACGCGGUUCCGAAUCUGUACGUCUAUACACCGUACGCUGGUGGAAGGAACCGGAACAUUUUCUCAUCGGCACCAUCGAAACAUUCGACAAUUUCUAUCAGCUACGUCAUCUCAAAGAGGAUGCCAUUUUCAAAAUACAAGUGAUAGCCACAUCAAUCAAUGGCGAGCAGGUGGCCAGCGAUGUGCUGACCAUCGAAGUGCCAUCGCAUCGCAAGACGCGCGCUUUGCUCAUUGGCAGCACGGUUGGUGUUGCCUUCCUGUUGUGCGCGCUGGUCGCUUUCUUGUAUGUGAAGCGUAGCUGCUUGCGGCAUCUGUUGGUCAGUGGCGGUAACGACGACGAUACCAAGGAUAGCGAGAAAAUUAAUAAUACCUGAGUAUAUGAGAUCACUUGGCAAUUCCAUAAGCAGACAGUGAGUGAAAGUCAUUAAAGAAGAUGAAGAAGCAGAAGCAGAAGCCCAAGCCACAGCCACAGGACGCAUUUCCCCCGACAUAAACAAAGGCAUUCCAUUGAGAUGAAUCGAGCCGAAAUUGAGUUUCAAAGAACGGAUAUGUAUUAAUUAAGUUAUAUCGGAAUAUCUAACUGAAAUAAAAAUUUAUAUUUAUGUAGGUGCGAGAUUAGAGAAUAACAUCUAAUUAUGAGCUUGUUUGUAAGUUAUUAAUACUAAAAUUAAAGCAAUCGUAUAUUCUAACUGUAAAUUUAGAUUUUAAACUAAUGGUGGUAAAAUUUGGUUUAAAUAAAAUAUGCGUUCCAAAAGAAU